AUUGUUGGGUUCAAAGUGUAUGUAAUUGGUAAUUUCAAUACCUAUUGCCAAGUUGUUCUCCAUCUGCAUGCCCUCCCUCAGGGUGUGAGAAGUUCUUGUUGAACCACUUGGGUGGAGACCUUCGAUGGUUAAAUGACUUUGUUGUUUCCUUCAGUGACAGAAAGCAGCGGAGCGGCAUGCAGGAUUGGACUGCUCACUCUGCUGGAGAAUUUUCUGAGAGGAAACUUAUUCCUCAGAAAGACAUUUGAAGUAAGCUUCAGGAUGGUGAAAAAAGAGCCCCCGAGUAUCUCAAAGGACUUUGAAGAGUUACAGAGGAAGCUGUUUUUGCUGGCGGAGUCCAUCAAGAAUAACUCAAAGGUGGUGUCCUUCAUGAAGUCUCCAGUGGCUCAGUACUUGGACAGUCAUCCUUUCCUGACACUCACCUUGCUAGUAUUCAUUGUUAUGUCAGCCCUUCCUGUUGGGUUCUUCCUCUUCUUCGUGGUGUUGACCUUCUUAGCUGCUCUUGUGGGAGUCAUAUUACUGGAAGGACUGGUCAUCUCCGUGGGUGGCCUCUCACUGCUCUGUGUCCUCUGUGGCUUGGGCUUCGUGUCGUUCAUUGUGUCAGGGGCAGCCAUAAUGUCCUACGUGAUGAUUUCCAGCCUCAUUGGGUUCUGGUUUUCUCCCAGACCCCCGGCACACAAAAACCCCAGUGGUGACUGCCAGCUGGCUAUGAAGUCUGCAGACUUGAAGGGAGUCUACCAGGAGUGACCGGCCGGAUAGAACCAGAGCUCUCUUUCCAAACAUCUCAGGAAAGCUGUCGGAUUGUGCUUACUCCAAGGGAUCAUGACUCAGAGAAGCUGUCAGGGUGGUCAGACAUGCCUCAGAUGUGUCCUCUGGCUUUUCCACUUGGUGUUUGUAGGAUCCUGCAGCGGCCCAGUUUGGCCUGUUUGGUCCGCCAUCUGCCACUCAAGUAUGUGGCCUUGACUUUGAGAA